AGCCGAUCAGCUGAUGUAAACUGGCAACAACAUCCAAAAAGAUCCAGCUGUCCGGUACCGAAAUUAUCCAUUACAUCCACCAAAAUAACGGCGUCUUUAUUUUUCCAAACAGUACUAUUUUAAAGCUUUAUGAAUCCAUUAAAAGGUUUACAUCUAUUCGUUUACUGUAGCAACAUUUUGGGUUAGGAAAAAGGGGCGAUGCGUUGUGUCGGUACAAGUGGCUAGCUAAACAGCAAGCUAACCCGCUACCAAUAAGCUAGGUCAAUGGUUGUUGCUACAUGAAGGUUGCUGGUGGGUUGAAUCUUAUUAAAUGUACAUUUUAUGUGUGUUGAGGAAAUGGAAUAGCUAGAGCUAGUCACCGCAUCGUCUUAUGUUUUACUGGAGGAUUUUCACAGACCCACUUAGAUCUAAUAUUAGGUACUAGUGAUGUGAUACUAGUCAUUAAGUACUAGGGACUAGUGUUUGAUGUUGUUGGUAAACAAUUGCGAAACUCUUCACUUCGCUUGCCAGUAAGACAUGAUCUUUUUUAGCUACCUAUCUUGACGACGAUGUACUGUAUACCAGGGAGUUGCCUUUGCUUUAUCGUUAAAUAUGCAGAGUAGCAUCUAGGUUAGCACACUUUCUCAGUUCAUAUCUGAAUAUUUAAUCUUAGCUUCAAGCCAGUCUUUCAUUUUUGAGAAUAAGUUGAGUGUUUGAAGGGCAUAUAGGGAAUAAGGUUAGGGAAUUCAAAUUCAGUUGGUUGUCCAACUAAGAGGAUUUAUCAACGGUUUUAUUCCUAGUUAAAAAAACAAUUCGAUUUUGCAAGCUGUGUACUUUUUUUCUUCUUCAGAACACCUCACAGCCACAAUUCAAGCAAGGUUAUAAUUGCAAAAGAGCUUUUCUGAGAUAGACUGGACAUGAGCGGGCAAGGUCCACCUCUAGAUAAGGACAUGAACGGCAUCCUGGUGUGUCAGGAGAGCUACGCCUGCGGUGGCUCCGAUGAGGCCGCGUUCGAGUGCGACGAGUGCGGCAGCCUGCAGUGUGUCCGCUGUGAGCUGGAGCUCCAUCGACAGGAGCGCAUGAAGAACCACGACAGGGUCCGCAUCGCCCCGGGCCACGUCCCCUUUUGUGACUCCUGCAAGGGGGACGGGGGCCUGGUGGUGAACAGCGGCCGGCUCCGAGCAGUAGUUCGCUGCCAGGGCUGUAAGAUCAACCUGUGUCUGGACUGCCAGAAACGCACCCACAGCGGAGUGAACAAAAGGAAGCACCGUCUCACCCCUUACCCUCCGGUCAACUCGGCCCAGGACAGGAGUCUGACAGCUGGGGAUGGAGAGAUGGAGGCCCUGAAGGCCAAACUGGAGAAAGUGUGCAGCUUCCUCCUGGUUGAUGAGAAGGAGGAGAUGCAGCUGAACGAUGAGAAGGACUUUGUGAGCAGACUGGGCUGCAUGCCGGAUGAGCUCCUAAAGGUGGUCUCCAUCUUUGGCAACACUGGAGAAGGAAAGUCCCAUACCCUUAACCAUACCUUCUUCCUGGGCAGGGAGGUGUUCAAGACCUCCCCAACCCAGGAGUCUUGCACGGUGGGGGUGUGGGCAGCCAUGGAUCCCAUCCACAGGGUUGUGGUCAUUGACACAGAAGGCCUGCUGGGAUCAGGAAGCAACCAGGGCCAGCGUACCCGCCUGCUCCUCAAAGUCCUGGCCAUCUCCGACCUGGUCAUCUACCGUACCCACGCCGACCGUCUCCAUGACGACCUCUUCAAGUUCCUUGGCGACGCUUCGGACGCCUACCUGAAGCACUUCACCAGGGAGCUGAAGGCCACCACGGCCCGCUGUGGGCUGGACGUCCCUCUGUCCACCCUGGGCCCCGCUGUCAUCAUCUUCCACGAGACUGUUCACACCAAGCUACUGGGCUCAGACAAGCCGUCCGAGUCGGCUGAGCGUCUUCUCCAGGAGCGUUUCAGGAAGCUGGGUCUCUUCCCAGAAGCCUUUAGUUCCAUCCAAUACCGUGGGACUCGAACCUACAACCCUCCUACAGACUUCAGUGGCCUGCUCCGGAGUCUGGAGCAACAGCUGGACAAUAACACCACCCGCUCCCCGCGCUCUGCUAGCGUCAUAUACAAGGCCCUGCAGGCGCUGAGUGAACGCUUCAGUGGGGAUAUCCCAGACGAGCACUUGGCCAGCAACUCCUUCUUCCCAGAUGAAUACUUCACCUGCUCUAGCCUUUGUCUCAGCUGUGGCUCGGGCUGUAAGAACAGCAUGAACCACCUGAAGGAAGACGUGGGUCACGAGGCCAAACAUCGCUGCCGUUACUCCGCACAGUAUGAUAACCGCAUUUACACCUGCAAGGCCUGCUACGAGGGAGGGACGGAGGUGAUUGUGGUUCCCAAGACGACAGCUUCCUCUGACUCCCCUUGGUUUGGUCUGGCCAUCUACGCUUGGUCUGGGUAUGUGAUCGAGUGUCCGAGCUGUGGGGUGAUCUUCAGAAGCAGACAGUACUGGUAUGGGAACCAGGACCCAGUGGACACGGUGGUCAGGACUGAGAUCCAGCACAUAUGGCCCGGGUCUGACGGGUUCCUGAAAGACAACAAUAAUGCAGCCCAGAGGUUGCUGGACGGGGUCAGCUACAUCUCCCAGUCCGUGUCUGAACUGAGCGUCAAGCCUGCCAAGGCUGUCACCUCCUGGCUCACGGACCAGAUCGCUCCGGCCUACUGGAAACCCAACUCUCUCAUCCAGAAAUGCCACACGUGCGGCGAGGUGUUCCAGGAGAAUGACAAUAAGCACCACUGCCGUGCCUGUGGGGAGGGCUUCUGCGACGCCUGCUCCUCCAAGACCCGUCCUGUCCCAGAGAGGGGCUGGGGCCUGGCCCCCGUCAGGGUCUGUGACGCCUGCUUCCACAACAGAGGCAUCUCCACAGAGCUGCUGGACGCUGCGUUGGAGGAGGAGGGGGGUACGCUGAUAGCCAGGAGGGUUGGGGAGGCGGUUCAGAACACCCUGGGAGCAGUGGUCACGGCUAUAGAUAUCCCCCUGGGCCUGGUGAAGGACGCAGCGCGGCCCGCGUACUGGGUCCCAGACCAGGACAUCCGCUGCUGCUGCGAGUGCCAGCGCCCCUUCUCCGCCCGUCUAUCCAUCCACCACUGCCGCGCCUGCGGCCAGGGCGUGUGCGAUGACUGCUCCCCCGAGCGCCGCGCCGUGCCCUCCAGGGGCUGGGACCACCCUGUGCGGGUCUGUAACGGAUGCUUCCAGAAACCUGCAGAGCUCUAGCAGGAAAAUCAACACAGCGAAGAACAGUCCUCACGUCACCAUGGACACCUGGAACCCCCCCCCCCCCCCUCUCCCCUCGUGCUUCUCUCUUUGUGGGCCUGUGUAAGCCAGUAAGAUAAGAUGGAAGUUGCCUCUAACUGCUGACACUGUCAGAUGUUAACUCAUCACCAAUCUGGCUCUCUCUGUUCAGGCCUUUAGCUUCUUUAGCUAAAGGCGACUUCUCACAAAUACACUAUGGUAUCCUGUUCACACAGAAGGAGAUGUGAUCACUAGGGACGGCUGCUACGCUGAGGGGAGGAUGUUUGGCCCCAGACUCCCAGUCCAGAGGGAAGACCCCUCGUUUGGCCCCAGACUCCCAGUCCAGAGGGAAGACCCCUGUUUGGCCCCAGACUCCCAGUCCAGAGGGAAGACCCCUGUUGGGCCCCAGACUAGACUACCAGUCACCUCAGAAGGAGCGAAGGGACAUUUCUCUUUCAAGCCCCUGCCCCCUUUCCUCACAUGCCUUCAUUCAUCUUAGUCUCUGCUACACAAACACAUCACGAUGGUGAGAGACAGAGAAAAUGGAGUGAGAUUCCAAAAAACGAGAUCAGACACAAUUGUGAAUGUUCCCUGCAGCCCCAUCAAAUCUGUUUGUGUCGAUGCACAGAAAACCAGAAGUCCCUGACAAUCUACUAACAGGGCAGUAGUCAGAGAGCCCUCUGUAGGGGAGGAUCACACCGGCAGCAGCAGCAGGCUCUUGUGGGCCUGCCUGGUUGGACAAGAGAGGCAGCGCAGCGCCCGGUCUGUGGAGCGCUCAUGCAUUCCACGCUACGCUUAGCGACUAGCCUACCUGUUUACUUUCAUUCAAAUGGGUUUAAAGAAUGAUCGAGUAGUCUUUCGUUGCUGCUUGUCAAUUUAAUGUUAUUGCAUAUACAUAUAUAAUACAUAUAUAUAUAUAUAUAUAUAUUGAGGGAGAAACAAAGGCACUAUCAUGGGAAAUUUGUGAUUUUGUUUUUUUUUAUGUUGAAUUGUUUCUAAGAUGUUAUACUACCACUGGUGUAUGUUAUUGGACUGUAGGGCAGAUAGCUGGAAGACAGUAGAGGCAGGACAGACUGACGAAGGACAAAAACACUAAAGGGCUGGACCCUCUACCUUACUCAUCCACGUUGAAGUAUAUCAUAAACUGCGAAUAAUCAUGACAGUAUCAUUUCAGACAGUCAGGUUAAUAUCCUGUCAGUUAGAUAAAGCUUUAUGUGUAAAGUAACCGACUGGAACGGCAUUGCGAGGUCUCGACACGGUCGGUGCUGUGUUGCCAUUAUAACUUGAGAGAAACUGGUGCUUUAAGGAGACAGGGAGAGAACGCCCAUAUCAGAUUGAAGACAUUUAAUUACUGUCACGAUCACCGUACUCUGUAUGCUCAUGUAAUAAACUGGAGAAGCUGAA